AGUGAGAGUUUGUCUUUACGUAGCGCACACACACGCUCUCACACAGACACAGAUAUGACCAAGACAGCAGCAAUAGCAGCAAAGGACUUCUUCAGUAUGUGGUUGCCAGAUAUCAGGAUGUCAAAGCCAGUAGAGGUCGACAAAGUAGGGGCGGAAUCACCGUUGGAGGGCACAGAUUCAGAGCGGAAUGGACCUGAAUCAAAUCACCAGGCUCAGUCAAUGAAAGUCAAUCCCUUUCCCCUUUCACCAAACCUGGGCAGCAGCAAGAAUAAGAUGGAGGAGUGUGGUGAGAUGUCCCCGGCUCUUCCUCUCUCUCACGGGCCGACCCCAUCGCAGACGGCCCUGCAACACACACAGCUCAUGCUGACCGGCUCCCAACUGGCAGGGUUGACAGCUCUGUUGCCAGCACAGCAGCAACUGUUGCUGCAGCAGGCUCAGGCUCAGCUCCUGGCUGCAGCUGUGCAGCAGUCCAGUGCAGCCCAUGCCGCUCAUGCUGCCCACGCAGCCGCCCAAGCCUCAGCAAGCUCAGGCAGCAGCAGCAGCAGCAGCAAAUCAGCAAGCCCAGCAGCAUCUCAGUCCCAGGGACAGGGACAGAGCACACAGGAUCAGGCAGCCUCUGUCCCGCCUCCUCCACCCCAGCUCACCCUCUCCCAGCCAAUCCAGCUCACCGCCCAGGACAUCCAGCAGCUGCUGCAGCUCCAGCAGUUGGUGUUGGUGCCCGGCCACUCGCUCCCGUCCCCGGCCCAGUUCCUCCUCCCACAGGCGCAGCAGGGCCAGCAAGGACUCUUAUCGACACCAAAUCUAAUUUCGCUACCUCAGCAAAACCAAGGGAGCCUGCUGUCUGCUUCAACUAGAAUGGGACUCCAAGCACAUGUAUGAGGAAACUCUGAAACUUUACGAGAUAAAAGUCUGGAGGUGAGCGGCGUGCCCACGGUGAACUCGGUGACCUCUCACCCCGAGGAGCCAAGUGACCUGGAGGAGCUGGAACAGUUUGCCCGCACUUUCAAACAGAGACGCAUCAAACUGGGCUUCACACAGGGAGAUGUCGGUUUGGCCAUGGGGAAGCUGUAUGGCAACGACUUCAGUCAGACCACAAUCUCUCGCUUUGAAGCCCUCAACCUGAGCUUUAAGAACAUGUGCAAGCUGAAGCCGCUGCUGGAGAAGUGGCUCAUUGAUGCAGAGACCAUGUCCAUAGACUGCACCCUGCCCAGCCCCAGCUCCCUGUCCUCUUCCUCUAUGGGCUUUGACGGGGUUCCUGGUCGCCGCAGAAAGAAGAGAACCAGCAUCGAGACAAAUGUACGCGUGGCCCUGGAACGCGCAUUCAUGACGAACCAGAAGCCUACCUCAGAGGAGAUCCUGCUGAUCGCAGAUCAGCUCAACAUGGAAAAGGAGGUGAUCCGGGUCUGGUUCUGCAACCGCCGGCAGAAAGAGAAACGCAUCAAUCCCUCCAGUGCCACCCCUCCCCUGCCCAGCCAGCCCACUGCCCCACCAUCGCACAAACAGCCCUGCUACAGCCCUCACAUGAUGUCCAGCCAGCUGUCGCAGGCCGUGACCAGUCUCAGCACAACGGUGACCACCAUGUCCCCCGUCUGCCCCCUGACUUCCAGCCUCACCUCCACCCACCCCUCCCUCAGCUCUGCACCCUCCCCGGUGACUCCUCCUCCUCCUCCCCGCAGCACGGCCAGCCCAGCCACUCCCAGCCACAGCACACUCAACCUUAACACAGGUUUAUGGCGUAUGGGUAAAAAGAACGGUGACGUGUCUAACUACCUCACCGAUUUUGCUGCAAACUUGAGGAACACUGUGAUGGGAGUUAACACAGGGAUGAACCAAGCCCUCCUCGGUAACAAUCCCCUCGCCACUCUCCAAGCCCUAGCAGCCAGUGGUGGCCAGCUGCCUCUUUCCAGUCUUGAGGGGGCCAGUAAGAUGAUGCUGGGGGCCUCUGGGGGCCAUGGAGGGUGCCUCCCUUCCUCCCUCUUCCUCAACCACCCCGCCUUCCUCCACAUGGGCCAGAACCCCAGCGCUGGACUGAUCAGCGCUGCCGUAGCCAAAGCCUCCCAGGCCUCCCCCUUUCCCUCUGCCAGCAGCAUUAGCCCCACCCCCUGCUCCCCCUCCCCCUGCUCCAGCCCCGCCUCUUCCUGCUCCUCCAGCGAAAUGGCACACAGCCCGUCCUCUCUGGGCGGGGCCAAGAUUGAGUGACCGCGCCAAGGGCCAAUCAGAGAGGAGGAGGAAGGAGGAAACGAGAACCUCGCCUUUCACACCAAAGCUAACUCUUUCUCUCUCUUGCGCUCUUCUUCCGUUAUUUUUCUCGCAAUGGCUCUCUCUCUCCUUCUCUCCCAGUCUUUCGAUGCCAAAAAUACACAGAAUGAAAGAGGAGAGAGGGAGGGAAAGAAGUGAAAGAGGGGAGAAGGGGGGGAAAGGGGAAGA